UUAUCAGUAUAAAACUAUAAAUUAUCCUCUCCAAGCUCUAUUCCGGUUUUCUGAGCCUUUCUCUUUUUCUGUUUCUCUCUCAUCCAUUGUUUCUCUCUCUUCUCAUUAUUGCCGGUAAACCACUUUUUUACCGGAAAACCGCUUUAUCUGGCAAUAAAUUCCUUUUUAUCGCCAGAAAUGUUAAUCCAUCCUGUGUUGUUAAUUUGAAUGUGUUUUUAUCAUUUUGUUGAAGAAAUUGGAUCUCUGAGUUUGACUGAGUUUCUUCGUUUCUGGAGAGAAUGUGGUUGGCUUUUCAGGCUUGGCUUUGAUCGUCAAUGGAUAAGAUCGUGAUCUAGUAUUUGCUUUGUGAUUUCUUUCGGUUUUUUUAGUUUUUAUCCUUGUUUGUUCGGUGAAUUCAGAGAUAAAACGGGGACGUAUCGUGAACGGUUGCGGAAUGAAAUGGUGGAAGGAAGGGUAUGCUUGUCCAGAGAGGCUAAAAAUGCCUUGGAAUUUCUGAAGCGUAAAAGACUUCAGCGAGUAAAAUCAGAAACCAUUAGUCAGACUAUAGGUGUCUCGAAUAUGAUGACUAGAAGCGGAGGAGAUUCUUUAAAAGCUUCAGCAUCAUGUGGAAUUAGAUUACAUGGUAAUGCAGACUCAUUUUCAAGUGGGAGGGAUGCCUUUUCCAAGCGGAAGGUUCAUAAGUUUGACACUAAAGAUCUAGAGUGGACAGAAAAAAUCCCAGAAUGUCCUGUGUACUGCCCAACAAAGGAUGAAUUUGAGGACCCUUUGGUUUAUCUACAGAAGAUAGCUCCAGAAGCUUCACAAUAUGGUUUAUGCAAGAUUAUAUCCCCUUUGAGUGCUUCUGUUCCUGCCGGGGUUGUUUUGAUGAAGGAGAAAGUAGGAUUCAAGUUCACACCUAGAGUACAACCUCUUCGUCUUGCUGAGUGGGAUGCUGAAGACAAAAUUACUUUUUCCAUCAGUGGCAGGAAUUACACAUUUCGUGAUUUCGAGAAAAUGGCAGACAAGGUUUUUACUCGUAGAUAUUUUAGUGCUGGCUGUCUUCCUGCCCGGUACUUGGAAAAGGAAUUUUGGCGUGAAAUUGCUUAUGGACAGACAGAAACUGUUGAAUAUGCAUGUGACGUUGAUGGUAGUGCCUUUUCAUCUUCUUCUAGUGAUCCGCUUGGAAAUAGCAAGUGGAAUUUGAAGAAAAUUUCACGACUUCCCAAGUCCAUUUUGCGUCUUCUGGACACAGCAAUUCCGGGGGUAACUGAUCCGAUGCUUUACAUUGGAAUGCUGUUUAGUAUGUUUGCUUGGCAUGUGGAAGAUCAUUAUUUGUAUAGCAUUAAUUAUCAUCACUGUGGUGCAUCAAAAACUUGGUAUGGAAUCCCCGGUCAUGCAGCCUUGAAAUUUGAACAGGUGGUGAGAGAACAUGUCUAUACCAAUGAUAUUCUAUCAACUGAUGCAGAGGAUGGAGCUUUUGAUGUACUCUUGGGAAAAACUACUCUGUUUCCUCCAAAUAUUUUAUUAGAGCACAACGUCCCAGUAUAUAAGGCUGUGCAGAAUCCUGGGGAGUUUAUUAUCACCUUCCCCAGGGCAUAUCAUGCUGGGUUCAGUCAUGGUUUCAAUUGCGGGGAGGCUGUGAACUUUGCAAUCGGUGAUUGGUUUCCAUUGGGGGCUGUAGCUAGCUGGCGUUAUGCACAUCUGAGUAGGAUGCCUUUGCUUCCUCAUGAAGAACUUCUGUGUAAAGAAGCAAUGCUUUUGUAUACUGGCUUAUUACUGGAAGACUUAGAUUUUCCAUCUGCAGACCUUGUUUCUCACCAUACCAUUAAGGUCUCAUUUGUGAAUCUGAUACGUUUCCUGCAUCGUGCUCGCUGGUCUGUUAUGAAAUCAGCUGCCUGUACUGGGGUUUUUCCAAAUAACUAUGGAACUAUUCUCUGCAGUCUCUGCAAACGCGAUUGUUAUAUCGCCUUCCUUGACUGCAGUUGUUACUCACAUCCUGUGUGUCUUCGCCAUGAUGUCAAGUCCCUUGACUUCUCAUGUGGAAGAACAUUUACACUUUUCUUGAGGGAGGACAUAGCCGAAAUGGAGGCUGCAGCCAAAAAGUUUGAGCAGGAAGGAGUUUUAGACGAGUUUAACCAGGAAGCUGACUGUGGUGUUGACUUGUAUGCAUUGUAUUCUUUUCCAUCAUCAAAUAUGUUGCAUGAUGUUGACGAUGGAUACUCACCUUAUUGUGAGAUAAGCAUUGAACUGAACCCUGAGCGUUAUGAAAAAACUCAAGAUCAGUCUACAAGAUUAGAGUAUAGUUGUUGUAAACAGCCUACUUUGAGCCAUGGCACUAAAGAUAUUAGAUCUGAACUUGCAGAAGCUUCUCUUUCUUUUGCUGCAUCAUCCCUUUGUUCAUUUGCAAGUGAAAGCUCAUGCAUGGCCAACAAUCAGGUACAUGAGCAAGGUAAUUUAAAUCUUGGGACUUUUGACACUAAAAUGUCUGCUGACGGAUUAUUGCACACUACAUAUGAAUCUUGUCUAUCCUCUCAACGACAUAAUCAACUCUUAAGUACUGGAAACAAUCUUCAUGGAUCUGAUGUUAGGGCUGCAUUGGAUCAAGGCAGUGAUGAUUCUGACUCUGAGAUAUUUAGGGUUAAGCGUCGUUCGUCAUUGAAAGUGCAGAAAAGAACUUAUAAAGAUGCCAUGUUUCUGAAGAAUUCAGAACAUCAGGGGCUGAAGCGAUUGAAGAAAGUCCAACCUUUAGGGCGAUGUGGUCAAGUGAUGCCAUCAGAGUGCUCCAGGUCUGAUGAAUCAAAUCAUAGUGUUAGUCAUACUUCUAACUAUAAAGAAACUUCGGAGAAUGCUGCUAGGGACAAGCUUUCCAGUGUUAGUACCAUUCCAAUAUGUAUUAAAUUUAAGAAGGUGACUGAUGAGGAAGCGACGAGUAAAGAGCAAGAUAACCACGGAAAUGACAGGUUGCAGCAUGGUUUGGGAAAAGCAUUGAUAGAAUCACCCCCUAUUGAGAUUGGGCCAAAGCGUCUUAAAGUUAGAGGCCCAUCAUUUCUAGGAUCAGAUAGCAGCAGAUUGAAUUGAAAUUUAGAUUUCAGUGACUAAUGAAAAGCUUUUGAGCCUGACUCGCUAACUUCAUUUUCUCUAAUGGGGUUGAAACAACAGGAAGACCAGACCGUACAAAAUUUGAUUCUGAUUCUGGGAGCAGCAGCGAAAAUUAACCAAAUUUAGGACAGUUUUAUUCUUUGUGCAGGUCUCGAAUUGGGGCAAUCUGCACUGAUGACAAUUCUUGGGGUUCUCAGGCUGGGGUGUUUUUCUGUCUUUGGCAGCAGAACCUUCUAUCCUGCAAGGCUGAAAUUAGAAAUCGGGUUAGUAACUUUGCUGUAAAUUUGGUUUUUUUUAUUUUGUUCGUAAUUAAUGAGUCAAAAUUAUUUUUGUCAAGGGCAAAUGGUUAUUCCCUCUGAUCUCCUUACACUUGACUUGAGUCUGCUGCUUCCUUGGAUAGGUUCUUUAUUCUUUUCUGUAGCAAUGGACUACUUGAAUAAAUGCAUAGAAAUGAACUUCCUUUUCUUAUCUUUUGUCCUUUUGGCAUCAGCAAAUGAAAUAAUAUUAUUCUCCAUUUGAGAAUUGGCCA